AUGGCUCAAGGAGGCAAGGGCAAGAAGCUGCUGUCUUUGCUGGAAAAGAAAGAUGUCGCCAACACAGCCCGUAUGGCCAUAAGGCAAGAAGCUGAAGAAUCAAAUUCUAUGAUGGCCAGGAUGGAAGCCAUGGAUAACCAUGAGCUGAGGGAGUACAUGCUACAAAAGAAAGGGACACUUGAGAGCCAGAUGAAAACAACAAUCAAGAAGCUUUUGCGAAAAGACAAGCCAAAGAAGAAAAAGAGAACCAUGCUGUGCCCAAUUCUAGGCGCUACGCUAAAAUUUCACAAGGAUGAUGACAUGGACCCAGCUGCUUCAGGAGCUGUAGGAGCCGCUGCAUAG